UGAAGUCGAACCCAGAAGAAAACUGGUUAAUUCAACGCUGGUUGGUGAAGAAAAUGCUUUGCUCCAGAAUUCUUUUCGUGUUUAUUCUUAGUGAUUUCAUCUCUUGCCGAGGUUUCGAAAAUGAUUAUCAAGAUGCAGUUAACGUAAAUGAAGUGGAGAUUAAGAAGGCUACCUUUGAACAAGAAAACGCAGAUGAAUUUGACAAAUACAAGAGGAAGAGUAUCGUGGGCUCAGAUGAUAGACUUCGCGUAAAACCUGAAUCAGUGCAACGCCUGCCAUUUGGAGCUAUGGUGAAAGUCAAGAUCAGUCCCAGCGCAGGGUCAUGCUCCGGAGUCCUGGUUGGGCCCCGGCACGUUUUAUCUGCCGCACACUGUUUUCACAACGGAAAUGAGUUACUGGCACCGAGGCGAUCGUUAAACGUUGGUGUGCUUCAGAGUAACCAACGUUUUACCUGGUAUCGUGUCAGACAAGUUUCUCUCCCGCGUGCAUGGUACGGCACAACCCCUAUGAAUCCUGAAAUCGAUUAUGCAAUUUUAACCCUCAAGAGACCCCAUGGGAGACCGUAUCUCCGCAUCAAAGCUUUCUCCAUGAAGAAUCUCCAGCAAUUCAGCGCCAUGCACUUCGCCUGCUUUCCGAACGACAAACGAGAAAAUUCAAUGUGGUAUUCGACGUGCCCUGUCGGUUGGCAGCCGAACAGUACCACCUACCGAACAGUCAUCAUGAACACCUGCGACGCUGCUGGAGGUUGCUCGGGAGCCGGCGUUUAUGUGUUAAACAAUAGGAACCAAAAUCGAUAUGUCAUCGGGGUGUUGUCGGGAACAGUCAAUAGCAAGGCGAAAAAUGUCAUGACACGCUUGACCUCGAAAAAGGUGAAGGAAAUUUGUCGCUGGAUUGGAAGGUUGGCAAAAUCAGGAUGCCGCACCAGUGGUAUUCAAUAAAACUGAACGCUUACGUAUCGAUUCUAUGAUUACACAAGUUUAAUUAAAAUUAAAAUGAUAAUUUCAGCAAUCCUUUAGUGACAUAAAAGUGUAG